AUGCCAAGCGACGCUUCAGAUUCUUCAAUCCCGACUUCAGCUAAGUUAAAGAGCAAAGGAUGGCGAUUCUGGGCUAUCUACCUCUCUCUAAGUGUGUCCAUUCUUCUGGCAGCCGUUGAGUCCACCGUGACAUCCAUCGCGCUGCCCUUCAUUUCCGACCAACUACAGGCGGGCGAAGACUUUGUAUGGUUUGUUAAUUCCUUCUUCCUCACUAGUGCCUGCUUCCAGCCCCUGUUUGGACAGUGUGCGAACCUUUUUGGCCGGCGAUGGUUGAUGAUUGGUGCCGUGGCCAUCUUUGUGCUGGGCAGUGGCAUCAGCGGCGGUGCCACAAAUUCCAACAUGAUGAUUGCUGGCCGCGCCAUCCAAGGCAUCGGCGGCGGCGGAAUCAACGUAAUGAUAGAUAUGAUUGUCAGCGACCUAGUCCCGCUGCGCGAGAGAGGAAACUUCAUGGGCCUGAUAUUCGCCAUCUUCUCCAUCGGCACCUCCCUCGGGCCUUUCAUCGGCGGAGCAAUCGUACAAUACAGCUCCUGGAGAUGGGUAUUUUACAUCAACUUACCCAUCGGCGGCGCAGCGCUAGUCUGCCUCUUCCUAUUUCUACACGUGAACUACCAGCGCGAGCCCUGGCAAAACAAAAUCAAACGUGUCGACUACACAGGAAACGCCCUGCUAAUGACAUCCAUCGUGGUCAUCCUCCUAGCCCUCACCUGGGGCGGCACAACCUACCCCUGGUCAAACUGGCGCAUCAUCAUAUGUCUCGUUCUCGGCUUCAUCGGCAUGAUCACCUUCCACGUCUACGAAGCAAGCCCCUACUGCCGCGAGCCCAUGAUGCCCCCGCACCUCUUCACCAACCGCACCACCGCCACAGCAAUGGUCCUAGCCUUUCUCCACAUGAUGCUCACCUUCUGGGUCGUCUACUUCAUGCCCGUAUACUUCCAAUCCGUCAAACUGUCCAGCUCGGCUCGCGCAGGCGUGCAGUUUCUCCCCAGCGUCAUCCUAGCCGUUCCAACAGCCGUCCUCGCAGGCAUGGCGCUGACAAAAUGGGGCCGCUACAGACCCAUCCACGCCGUCGGCAUGGCGCUCGUCACGCUGGGCCUAGGCCUAUUCACCCUCCUCGGCGCUGCAUCCAGCGCGGCCGAGUGGAUCGUUUUCCAAAUCCUCACGGCCAUCGGCCUCGGGUGUCUAUUGACCACGACCCUGGCAGCGGUGCAGGCCGAUCUGGCCGAGAAAGAUGUCGGCCUGGCCACGGCAACCUGGGCGUUUAUGCGCAGCUACGGUGCCAUCUGGGGGAUAUCUAUUCCGGCUGCCGUGUUCAACACACAGUUCGGGAAAUUGUCGGCGCGCAUUGAGGACCCGGCCGUGGCGGCUCAGCUGGCGCGGGGGCAGGCUUAUUCGCAUGUUUCGGCGGCUUUUAUUAAGGCGUUGGAGCCCCGGGUAAGGGGGGAGGUUGUUGGUGUGUACUCUGAUGCUUUGCUGCUGGUGUGGCAGGUGUCGAUUGCUUUUGCGGGGAUGGGGUUUCUUCUUGUGUGGUUUCAGAAGGAGAUCAAGUUGCGGACUGACCUGGAGACGGAAUAUGGGCUGGCGGAUCCUAAGCAGAAGAAGGAGAGGAAGCGGGGGGAGAGUAAUGGGGAAGUGGUAGCGGUAUAGCUUGUUUCUUUUGAGGUUUUUGCUGGCCUUGUAGAGUGUGUAAGUGGAUGUUUUGGUCCCAUACAGCACUCAUUGCUAAUGUUAAGGACUACUGAAAAUAAGAAGUGAUAGGACCGACAAACAAGAUUAAUACAGGCUAGCUAGAGCUGGUAUAUGUAUAUGGUAGGUUUGUACUGAAGACAGAAGACUAGACUCAAGCCUGAGUUGUUUGUUCGCAAAAGCACGCUUCACGUCCUGUAAUUAUGAAAGAUAUGGAAAUAGUAUGUCUUAGUAUGUCUCCUUUAGGUUUUUUUUUCCCCAUCUGAAGCAGCCACAGUCAUAUUUUUACAAUGGUCU